CCUCAAAAGGAAAAUGACUCAAUUCGGCGUCUGGCCUGCAGGUUUUAUCACCCGCAUCUGCCCCGCAGCUCGAUCAAUCCAUCCCGUCGGUCGGUCGAAUCGUCAGAUUUUGCUCCAAAUAAUUGCGAGACGAAACCAGAGAGUCUGAACUCGCGCUUUACUCUCCUAUCGAGUAUAGUGCAGUGUGUGCAAUUUGGUAGGGUAGCUCAAGGUCAGCUAAGCGGCCGGAGCUCGGCUGCCCUUUCAAUUGUUCGAUUGAUUGACAGAUUGCUCGGUCGAAUUAUCGAGCGAGGGAGCUGAGGCACGAUGGGAUCCCGAGUAGUGCAGUCGAGUGUCCGACUGGCGAGCGCGCUCGGCAGAGGGCUGGGAGGGGGAGGAGGGGGAGUUGCAGUCGCACGCGGCGGCGGGGGCACGGACCGAAGGCGCGGCUUGGCGUCGGAAGCGGCGCAGCAGAGGAGGGACUCGGAGAAGAGAGUCGGGUCGGGGGACAUCAGAGUCGACCUGCUGAACCCGUUCGAACUGCACCGGCUUCACGACGGCCCUGCCACCGACGUCUUCACGAGCAAGGAAGAGCUCAUGCAAAUGUACAUGGACAUGACCGUUUUGCGCCGGAUGGAACUCGCUGCGGACAUGCUGUUCAAGUCCCAGCAGAUUCGAGGAUUCUGCCAUUUAUACGACGGCCAGGAGGCCAUCUCCGUGGGCAUGGAAGCCGCUCUAACGUACGAGGACUCGGUGCUCACAGCAUACCGAGACCAUGGCAUCUUUCUGGGUCGAGGCGGCACCACCUUUGAAGCGUUUUCGGAGCUGAUGGGCAAGAAAACGGGGUGCGCCAUCGGUAAGGGAGGGUCGAUGCAUUUGUACAAACGGGAGAACAAUUAUUACGGAGGAUGGGGAAUCGUCGGCACCUCGGGGCCUCUGGGAACAGGCCUGGCCUUCGCCCUCAAGUAUCAGAAGAAGCCCAACGUCGCUGUGGCCAUUUAUGGCGACGGUGCGGCCAACCAGGGUCAGUUGUACGAGGCACAGAAUUGCGCAGCACUGUGGGAUCUGCCCGUCAUCUACUUGGUGGAGAACAAUCAUUAUGGAAUGGGAACUGCAGAGUGGCGAGCGUCCAAGAAGGCCACCUUCUUCGACAGGUUAUCCUAUAUCCCAGGAAUCAAGGUAGACGGGAUGGAUGCAUUUUCAGUCAAGGCCGCCAUGCUCUUCGCCAAGGAGCACUGUGUCGCGGGAAAGGGCCCUAUCGUGGUAGAAUGUGACACGUACAGAUAUCAUGGCCAUAGUAUGUCGGAUCCCGGGAGUACGUACCGCAGUCGGGAUGAGGUCCAGGGCUUCCGAAAAGAGAGGGAUCCCAUCGAGCGCAUUCGCAACAUCAUACUCAAGGAAGAGUUGUCCACCGCGGAGGAGUUGAAGAAACUCGACAAGCAAGUGAGGCGGGAGGUUGAGGAGGAGGCAGCUAAAGCUCGAGAAGCGCCGCAGCCUGAAGAGCACGAGCUCUUUUCCAACAUUUAUCGUCUUGACACAGGUCUCGUCACUUAUGGGUGUGAUAGAAAGGACACAAUCAAGCUCCCUUGAAUGCAUGUUGGAAUUGCAGUCUCUUGGGAUGAUAAUUCCAUUGCUUCCACACGAGCGUAUGUGUGGAAGCACGCCCUUGCUCUGGCUCCUUGUCAAUGCUUCGCACGUCAGCUCUUGAUCCAGUCACGACACCGUACUUUGCAGUGCGAGCUAUGUCUACCAAUCUGUAUAAUGCUCACUGAGGAUUGUCGACCGGGAGGACGAAACAAAAGUUGAGAGACUGUAAUUUUAUGAGACCCUGAUAGACCCUCGGUCAUCGAUUACUUCACUUGUCCUAAAUGUACAUACUUUUGAGGACAGUAGAGUACAAAGUCGGUUUUUCUUUUAGUUCCAAUUAUAUUUAGAAUCAUGUUUCAUGGCGGCAGAGAAAUAAAAUUGAUUAGAGCAUCAUGCUGCAAUUACUGCGUGAGUGUGAAACGCCAAAUUACGGUCAACUCUUAACAUUUCCAUUGCAAGAGUUUACCUAUUCACAAAUGAAUUUGAUUUAGCGG